AUGUCGCCUGAGAGCGUGUCUCUACAUGUGGGUUUAGUGAAGCGGAAUCAUCUUCACAACCGGUACCUUGUGCCGUUUGAUCUUCAUUCAGCCUCCCUCUUCAACGCCGCUUGUCAAUUGUUCGCUGCUUACCAAGUUCACUAUUGGACUCUGGAAAUUAUGAUGCAUAUUAUGGACUCUGGACAAGAUGCGUUCUUCUAG